CCCUCCACCCCCAACAGGCCCCGAUGUGUGAUGUUCCCCUCCCUGUGUCCAUGUGCUUAUAAUUCUUAAAGACUCCCUGUGACCUUCAGACUGAAGCUCAGCUUCUUCCUUUCCCUUAAUUUGGUUGCUAGCCCCUCAUGGUGUCUCACCUACUCCUCAGGCUCAGAAACAGUCAUUUUCUCUCUCUAUUUUAUUCCAGGAGAAGUCAACAUGUAGAUUUCCCCUUGGACAUUUACUGACUCAAACAUGAUGCUAAGUGCUUUACAGGAAUUACCCAAUUUACAUUUUCACAACAGCUCUGUUAGGUUCUGUUUUAUUUGAAGCCAGGUAUGCUUGCUUGGAAAUCAAGCACUUGAACUCUAUGGUAAACUGUCUCUACUUGAAGUUUCCCUAAUGUACAAUCUCCUCUCUGGUGCUUGGAAUAUUUUACUUGGUAUAUCUUCUCUCUGUCUCUACCUUUUGUCUCACUAACUUAUACUUCCUUUUCAGGUUCAGCUUUAGACAGUUUUCCUCCCAGGAAGAUUUCUCAAGACUGGUUGAGCUUCCCUUCUAUUUCUGCCCAUUGUAUCCUGUCUUAUUCCUAGCCAGUGCAUUUUGUUUUUUACUGAUAUUGUUUGUUUUCUCAUGUCCCUCAUGGAUUGUAAAUUCUUUGAAGGUUAGAACAGUGUCUUGAUGUCAGGUUUCUUUUCUGAAGUGAAAGGCAUUUGAGUACCACAUCCUCCAACCUCACAGGUUCUCUUUGAGCUUUCAUCAUCUAAGAGGCUAUGAGUUUGCUGAGCUCUUACUGCCACAUAUGCAGCCACAUACCAAAAACUGGACCCAGGUAACUGAGUUUGUCAUGAUGGGCUUUGCUGGCAACCAUGAAGUGCACCUCCUCUUGUUCACAUUCUUCCUCACCAUAUACCUGUUCACCUUGGUGGAGAAUUUGGCCAUCAUUUUAGUGGUGGCCUUGGACCACCAACUACGGAGACCCAUGUAUUUCUUCCUGACACAUUUGUCCUGCCUUGAAAUCUGGUACACCUCUGUUACAGUGCCCAAGAUGCUGGCUGGUUUUAUUUGGGUGGAUGGUGGAAAGCAUAUCUCUUAUGCUGGCUGCCUGUCCCAGCUCUUUAUCUUCACCUUCCUUGGGGCAACUGAGUGUUUCCUACUGGCUGCCAUGGCCUAUGACCGUUAUGUGGCCAUUUGUAUGCCUCUCCACUAUGGGGCCUUGGUGUCCUGGGGCACCUGCAUCCGUCUGGCAGCUGCUUGUUGGCUGGUAGGCUUCCUCACACCCAUCUUGCCAAGCUACCUCAUGUCUCAGCUGACAUUUUGUGGCCCAAAUGUCAUUGACCACUUUUUCUGUGAUGCUGCACCCUUGCUAGCCUUGUCGUGCUCAGAUGUCACUUGGAAUGAGACUGUGGAUUUUCUGGUGUCUCUGGCUGUGCUAUUGGACUCCUCUGUGGUCAUUGUUGUGUCCUAUGGCAACAUUUUCUGGACACUGCUACACAUCCGCUCAGCUGCCGAGCGCCAGAAGGCCUUCUCUACCUGUGCAGCUCACCUGACGGUGGUGAGCCUCUUCUAUGGCACUCUUUUUUUUAUGUAUGUCCGGACCAAGGUGACUUCUUCCAUCAACUUCAACAAGGUGGUAUCUGUCUUCUACUCCAUUGUCACACCCAUGAUCAAUCCUCUCAUCUACAGCCUUAGGAACAAGGAGGUGAAGGGAACUCUGUGUAGAGUCUUUUCUCUCAAGUCUUGGAAGGGACAGUGAGGAGGCAGUUGGGAACCCAGUUUCCUUGCCUUGGAUAUUUAAGAAGAGGUUGGUCAAUAACAUUUAAGCUGAGACCAAAUCAAGAAUGCAGUUCCAUUUAUAACAGCCACAAAAAGUGCAAUACUUAGGAAUACAACUAACUAAGGAGGUGAAACAUAUUUAUAAGGGGAACUACAAUACACUGCUAAAAGCAAUCAGAGAUGACACAAACAAAUGAAAAAACAUUCCAUGUUCACAGAUUGAAAGAAUUGAUAUCAUUAAAAUGAUCAUACUGCCCAAAGCAAUCCACAGAUUCAAUGCUAUUCCUAUCAAACUAUCAGUGUCAUUUUUCACAGAAUUAGGAAAAGCUAUUCUAAAAUUCAUAUGAAAGCAAGAAAGGAUCCCAAAUUGCCAAAGCAAUCCUAAGCAAAAAGAACAAACCUGGAGGCAUUACAUUAUUUGACUUAAAACUAUACUAUAAGGCUACAGUAAACAAAACAGCAUGGUACUAGUAUUAAAAACAGACACAUAGACCAAUGGAACAGAAGAGAGAACCCAGAAAUAAAGCUUCACAUUGAUACCAACUGAUAUUUGAAAAAGUUGACAAAAAAUAAGCCCUGGAAAAAGGAUACCCUAUUCAAUAAAUGGUGCUGGGAAAACUGGCUAGCCAUAUGUGGAAGAUUGAAACUGGACCUCUACUUAUCACCAUAUACAAAAAUUAACUUAAGAUGGUUUAAAGACUUAAAUGUAAGACCUCAAACUAUAAAAAAGUCCUGGAAGAAGGCCCAGGAAAUACCCUUCUGGACACUGGUAUUGGGAAAGAUUUUAUUACCAAGUUCUCAAAAGUAAUUGCAAUGAAAACAAAAAUUGACAAGUGGGACUUAAUUAAAGAGCUUCUGCACAGUAAAAUAAACUAUUGACACAAUAAACAGGUAAUCUACCAAAUGGAAGAAAAUGUUCACAAACUAUGCAUCUGGGAAAGGUUUAAUAUCCAGAAUCUAUAAGGGACUUAACAAGAAAAAAGCAACCCCAUUAAAAAGUGGGCAAAGGACAUGAACAGACACUUCUCAAAAGAAGAUAUCCAAGUUGUAAACAAACAUAAGAAAAUUUCUCAUCAUCACUAAUCAUAAGAGAAGUGCAAAUGAAAACCAUAACGAGAUACCAUCUCACACCAGUUAGAAUGGCUAUUAUCAAAAAGUCAAAUAAUAACAGAUGUUGGCAAGGUUGCAGAGAAAAGGGAAUGCUUAUGCACUGUUGGUGGGAGUGUAAAUUAGUAAAGCCACAUGGAAAGCAGUUUGAAGAUUUCUUAAAGAACUAAAAAUAUAACUACAAUUCAAGCUAGCAAUCCCAUUACUAGGUAUACACCCAAAGUAAAGUAAAUUGUUCUAUAAAAAAAUGACACAUGCACUUGUAUGUCAUCAUGACACUAUUCACAGUAACAAAGAGAUGGAAUUAACCAAGGUGUCUGUCAAUGGUAGAUUGAAUAAAGAAAAUGCAGUCCAUAUACACCAUGGAAUAUUAUGCAGUCACGAAAAAGAGUGAAAUUGUAUUAUAUGCAGCAACAUAGAUGUAGAGGGAGGCCAUUAUCUUAAGGAAAUUAAUGCAGAAACUAGAAAUCAAACAUUUCAUUUUCUCACUUGUAAGUAGGAGCUAAAUCUUGGGUACACACAAACAUAGAGAUGGGAAUAAGAGAUACUGGGGACCCCAAAAGGAGGGAGAGAGGGAGGGGGAAAUGGCUGAAAAACUGCAGAAGUCCAAACCUCAACAUCCCACAAUAUAUCCUUGUAACAGAUAUGCACAUGUACCCCCUGAAUAUGAAAUAAAAAUUGAAAUAAAAAAAGUAAAA